GUGAAAAGAAUUGUGAACUUUAAGCUCAACCAUCUUUUUACAAACUUCACCAAUAGUUUGUACGACAGAAAAUAAUUCAUUUUUUCUCAUUUCAUAUAUCCACACCUGGAGUUGAUCUUUCAGCUCCAUUCGAUCAACAGAUGAAAAAUCGCAUGAAUAUAACUCCGCAAGAUUUAGUAGCUUUGACGCACAAAAAUUGGAGAACUUAUCUCUAGGAUCAAGACAUGCUAAACUAAUGAGUAAUUCUGUGUUUGACUCACUAAAGCGAUUCUCCAUCGCAAGACAAAUUUAUCCAAACUCAUUUUCCUAAUAAAAAAGACAAAUACAAUUAAAUCUAAUUAAAUCAAUGUCCGCAUCCUAAUUAUUUCACUAAAUUAAAAGAAAAACUUUUACAAAUUAGAACCAUAAUCCCUAAUUAGAGCGCAUUCACAAAUUCGAACUAUCAAAUUUCAAGUAAACAAAUAAUCCUCAAUAUUCUUGAUUAUUAAUGAUUUUAAUUUUUAAAAUAAACCCUUGUGGCAACGAGAUAUUGGAAACAAACUUACAAAUCAAGGAAAUAUGGAACGAUUGAGCGGUGCGGCGGUGCAGCGCCAAUUCAGCAAGACAGCGAAAUCCGCAGAGACCAGAGCCAAGGCAGCGACAUCCCCUAAACUCGUAAUUCGUAAACUGUCCGUCAGGUUUUAUUUUUGUAGAACUUCCACUUUUUUCAUUCUAGUCUUCCAAAUGUUAGUGGGUUUUGUUUUUAGACUUUUAAUAGUUUUAGCUGCCUGCACAUUGUAGCUACUUUUUUUGCAUUUUAACUUUUUUUGUUACUUGUUGUUUUCGACCCUUAGUAAUUUUUUUUUGUUUUUCGAUAAUUUUAUAUCUUUUAUUUUAAUUCAGCUAAAAUUUAAAUAUUUUGUAUUAAUUUUUUAUUAUAUAACUGUAACAUUUUAGUAUCUUAAUUAUCAAAUAUUAGUAUGAAGCGUAGACAGUGAUUUUUACCUAAGUGGUACUAGUGAAAUUCGGGACCCAAAGCGGGGCACAUGCCUCCCUUAGCCCCCCCACUAGGUCCUCCACUGCCGUGGGCGGUAUCGUGGUUAUAGGUUAUGAACCCACCCGGAUCCAAAUACUGAGUCGGUUUUCAAGUUGCUGUUGACCUCAGCAAAGACUAUUCCCCAUGCUUCAAGUAGGCAUAAAAUCGUAUUAAUUGCCUUUUCAUUUAUGACAAAAAGAAAAAAGAGGACUACCUCAAUGACUCAAUCUAUCCAAUUAAACUAUAUUAAAGAGACAUGAUCCUUUGACACUUAAAUGCACAUAAAAAAACUUAUUAUGCUCGUAUAUAUAAACACAGAGACGAACAUAAAACAUCUGGCAUGCAGUGGCUAGUUACCAAGUUUUUAACACUGAAAAAAAUGCAGAGCUCUCCUUUAGGAACUCCAUUCACUAGUGCAACAACACUUACUCAAAGCGGGUUAAACCAUCUCCCGCAAAGCUAUGUAGUCCCACCGUCACAACGCCCAGACUGCACCCUAAGCACCACCCAUCCCUCUAACCAUAACUUGCCCCUCAUUGAUCUUUCCUCCUUGAAACAUCCUCUUCUUCGCUCUCAGGUUGUUGAGAAAGUCGGUAUUGCCUGCAAAGAUUUCGGUUUCUUCCAGGUACGUGCAAACCUACUUGUAAUAUAUAAAAUUCUGAAGUAAACCAUAGGCAUAUAUGACAGCAAGAGACUCGUUGUGUCUUCUAGGGAGAAAACAUGUCAAAGCAGAGGCGGAGCAAGCGGGAUCCCACCAGGGUCCCAAGCGCAGUCAUUUUUUACAUGCAAAUUAUUAUCAGUACGCGUCUCAUGCAAGUUUUGAUCUCGGUGAGUCCUGCCUCCAUACCUAGGUAUGUCCAAGCAUCUUAGAUAGCAAUGGUGUUGGACUAGAACUUGAGUAUAAAACCAAAUCUCAACAAUAUUGCUGCCUCAUGAUACUUUCUAUGCUGUUUCAUUGCAUUGUUCUUUCGUAAGCAGUGAAGACAUCUAAUGUAAAAAAGUGUCAAAGUGCUUAUGCUUAUUUACCUAGUGUAAAAGUGUAAAAGUGUAAAAGUGUCAUGAAUUCAUAAUGAUAACUAAUUUUAAUCAUUUGUGUCUAUGGUGUGCUUAUGCUUCUUUACCCUGUUAUCCACCUCUUCAAUAGCGUUUUUUUUUCUCAAAUCAAACGCAUGCCGCAUACUUCAUCUUGAGUAUUAUUGGUACCAGCAAUUGAAACUUGUACAUCUACGGCAUGCAUCAUAGCUCCAGACCAAUGUAACAAUGUAAACAUAUUGAAUGCAUCACAUGCAGGUCAUUAACCACAACAUCCCACCUUCAGUAAUAAAUGGCGCCUUAGAUGCAGCAAAGGCAUUCUUUAAUAUGUCAAGUGAAGAAAAAAUGCAGCUGAUGUCAGAUGAUGUUUGGAAACCAGUGAGAUAUGGCACCAGUCUUAACCAUGUCAAAGAUAGAGUCCACUUCUGGAGAGACUUCAUCAAACAGUAUUGCAAUCCAAUCUCUGAAUGGAUUGAUUUGUGGCCUUCAAACCCUGCAUGCUACAGGGAGCAAAUGGGAAACUAUGCAGAGGCAGUGCAUGAAUUACAAAAGACGCUA